AAAACGCUGAUUACAAAACCCUUUUUCUCCCAACUAUAUAUAUCCCUCCUCCUUAAUCCUCCUCAUUCCUCUCAAAACCCUCGCAGCAUUCUCCUCAAAACAAACAUGGCUCUUCCAAAUCAGCAAACCGUGGAUUAUCCCAGUUUUAAACUUGUUAUUGUUGGCGAUGGUGGAACUGGAAAAACUACAUUUGUGAAGAGGCAUCUUACUGGUGAAUUCGAAAAGAAAUAUGAACCCACCAUUGGAGUGGAGGUGCACCCAUUGGAUUUCUUCACAAACUGUGGGAAGAUUAGGUUUUACUGCUGGGAUACAGCUGGUCAGGAGAAAUUUGGUGGCCUUAGGGAUGGAUACUACAUUCACGGUCAAUGUGCUAUCAUCAUGUUUGAUGUGACAGCCCGAUUGACAUACAAGAAUGUCCCCACAUGGCAUAGGGAUCUUUGCCGUGUCUGUGAAAAUAUUCCGAUUGUUCUUUGCGGGAACAAGGUUGAUGUGAAGAACCGUCAAGUUAAGGCUAAGCAGGUUACUUUCCACCGGAAGAAGAAUCUGCAAUACUAUGAGAUAUCGGCAAAGAGUAACUACAACUUUGAGAAGCCUUUUCUUUACCUUGCCAGGAAACUUGCUGGGGAUCCUAACUUGCACUUUGUGGAGUCUCCUGCCCUUGCUCCUCCUGAAGUACAAAUCGACUUGGCUGCACAGCAACAGCAUGAGGCUGAGCUUGCAGCUGCUGCCAGUCAACCCCUCCCAGAUGACGAUGAUGAGACCUUUGAUUAAGAGAGUAAUCAGCCUUCCCAGACAGCAUUGUGGAUGCAGCUAUGAUUUUUCUUUUUUCCUAUGUACUGGUGUCCCAUUUUUUCCCACCAUUGAUGGGCUUCUGAGGACUCUCUGUUCCAGAAUAUGUAGGCUUUUUGAACUCUGUUCUAUUUUCUUUCUGGUUUGUGGGAACGGUAUGAAGUUUUUAUUCAUAUCUUCUGAAUGUGGAUUGCGAUUUGUUUGGAUGGACCGAUUUGGAUAGAUGAAGCUACUGUGGUUGCUUAUUUUA